AUGGAAGCAGUACCUAAAUUACCUUUGAUCAGUUUCGAAUUAAAAGUCAGCCCCGAGAAUACUCAUUUUGGACCUAAACUAAAACAGUAUAUAGCAGAAGCAUAUAGAGAAGACCCAGAUAGCUAUGGAAAUGAAAUACAUCAAUUGGAAGGCCUUCGAUCGGCCGCCGUAAGAGCCACUGUUGACGCAGCGGGCCUUAAUUCUCUAAACAGAUAUUUUUGCCAGCUUAGGGCGAUGCAAAGCCGAUUCCCGAUGGCUAAAGGUCAACCAGUCGCCUGCACUUUUGUCUGGAAGGACCUGUAUGCUAAUAUGAGCUGCUCAUUAGCUGACAUACGUUUUGAAAUGGCAUCUAUAUUGUACAACAUUGGAGCACUUCACACCCAAUUAGGCGCAGCAGAACCUCGCACUACUCCAGACAGUCUAAAGGCUUCAUGUACCCACUAUCAGCAGGCUGCUUGGGCCUUUAACUACCUAAAGGAGCAGUAUCCGCAGCCAUCAGGUGCUGAUAUUUCACCUGAAAUAUUGUCAUUACUUCAGGAAAUAUGCUUUGCUCAGGCACAAGAAUGCAUUUUGGACAAAAGUAUACAGGAUACAAGGAAAUCCAGCGUUAUUGGUGCUGUGGCUACGCAAGUAUUGUUAUUCUAUAAAAACUCACUGGCACAUCUUGGACCAUCAUCUGGAACAGACAAUAAUCACGAAAUAAUUGGGAUGAAACUUUAUAAUCAAUGGCAUCGGUAUCUCUCCUUCAAAGUAUCAUACAUUGGCUGCAUUGUUUAUUUAUAUCAAGGCAUGAAUGCAGAAGAGCAACAAAAGAUGGGAGAAAGGGUGGCUUAUUAUCAGCUUGCUAUUGAUAAACUGGCUGAGGCACGCAAACUUGCAAAGUACAUUGAACCAGUUCAAGUCACUCAGGAAGCAUUGACCUUCACCAAUGAUGUUGUUGAGGGAAAGAGAAAGGCUGCCAAAAAUGAGAAUGAGUUUAUUUACCACGAGGAAGUGCCGGAUAAGGACAUGCUCAUUGAUUUGAAGCCUGCUUGUCUUGUAAAAGCAUAUCCAAUAAACUUUAAUGAUCCUGAGAUAUCAGGUCCUGAUAUUUUCUCCCGGUUAGUUCCGAUGGGGGCACACGAAGCUGCAUCAAUGUACUCUGAGGAAAAAGCUAAGUUGCUUCGACAUGUUGUGGGUCAAAUAGAAACUAAGAACACUGAGCUAACAGAGUUUAUGUCAUCCCUUCAACUUGAUCAGCUGGAAGUUCUUGAUUCUGACCAGAAAAUACCUCAAGAAAUAGUAGACAGAUGUGCAGCAAUGAAUGCCAAGACAGAGAUCAUUCAAUCCCUGGUUGACUCCAUGAAUAACCUGGCUGAAGUAAUCAGCGACGUUGAACAUUCCCUCACAGAGAUCAAGGCCCUUAUUCAGGAGGAGACACUAAAAGAGAAGGAGUACCAAAAGCUUAUGGGGCCACGGCCGCCGUCCAUCGUGCAAACGGAAAUAUCCCGAGAGUACCACAAGUACCAGGAGGCCCACACGAGGACCAACGAGAGCAACCAGGUGCUGCACAAAGCGAUGACGCUGCACAUCGCCAAUCUGAAGCUCCUAUCGCAGCCCUUGGAAACGCUUCAGGCUAAGAUACCCAGCAUUGAGAAUAUCGAGGGCCUGGACCGCGACACGAUGGCGGAGAUGCGGCGCGUGGUGGGCAAGGCGCGCGAGAUGCAGACGCAGCGGGAGGCGCUGCUGCUCGAGCUGAGGGCGGCGCUGGGCGCGGACGACGUGACCGCCCAGCUGCUGGCGCGCGCCUCCGACCCGCCCGAGGACAUCUUCCGCCAGGAGAUCGAGAAGCACACGCCCAAGGUGAAGAUAAUCGAGCAGAACCUGGCCGCGCAGGAGAACAUAAUCAACAAGCUGACUUCGCUCUACGCCGCGUACGGAGAUUCGAGGCGGCUGCUCUCCGACGUGCUGCGGAAACGGGACGCGCUCAUAAAUGCGCUAGUGACGUCGUACGAUGCUUACGAAGAGCUGCUGGGCAAGGCGCAGAAGGGGCUGGAGUUCUACAAGAAGCUGUCGCACAACGUGGGUCAGCUGCUGACGCGGCUGCGCGGCACCUGCCAGGUGCAGCAGGAGGAGCGCGCGCAGAUGCUGGCGAAGCAGCCGGCGAGGCAGGCGCAAGCUGCCCCAUCGCCGCCGGUGGGCGUGUCUAAAGGUGAAAUUCCGGGCGCCAUGUCCACUUCCACUCCCACGCCCACGCCCAUGCCCACUCCCACGGCGACGGCUACGCCCACGCCCAAGCUGAAGGACUACCUGCCCUACAUGAAGAGCCGCAGCCUCGCCAGGCCGUACACUCCCCAAGCGCAAGUUGAUCCAAUGCCGCCAGAUAAUUAUUACCCAGAAACAAUAUACCCGACUUCAGCAAGGCCCGCACCAGUGGGGUCCGAAGCUACCGAUUUGAGUCAGAUGAGCAUGCCGGACGGCGUUGUGUUGCCGCCCGCUACGAGCCGCUACGGGGCGCCGUACGCGCCCGAAAUCGACCCCUACGCCGCCCAAACGAGCUACGCCUACGCCGUAGCCGGCAAGGACUUCGGGAAAGCGGGCGAGGACGCGGCCACCUACGGCUACACGCCGUACACGCCGUCGCAGUUCGCCAGCCAGAUGGUCGACCCGCAGACCUACACCAACCCGUACUACUCGGCGACGCAGAACAACACGACCAUCGUGACCGACUCGCAGGGCUCGGUGCCGUACAACGCCGCGCCCGGCGCGCAGUCCCACCCGCACGGCCCCAUACCCGACGCCAUGUCGAUGUACGGCGCCGCCAGCCAGACGGACCUGAGCGGCAACUUCGCCCAGAUGCAGCUCGCCGCGCCGAAGCCCGAAACUGCCGGCCGAUUCGGCACCGAGUACUCGCAGACGUACUACAGCAUGCAGUACCCGCACAUGCCCGCCGCCAACAUGGCCACGUACAGCAGCGCCGGCCGGGACUCCCAGACGAGCAUCGUCUCCUCGCAGCUGCCCUCGGACUACAGCCUCAACUACUCCUACGGCGAAGCGGCCGCUCAGUACGCACCGAACGUGCCCGACUCGUACAGCGCACCGUACCAAUACGGCGGACGAGACGGGACGCCGCAGGGCUGCGCGUACACCGGCCCCGCCUCCGCCGCUAACGUGGACAACGCGCCGGCGGGUGCCAGCCCUUACGGGGCCCCCGAAAUGGGGCCGGAGUACGCCCACUCGAUGUCGCAGCUGGACGCGUUGGACAUGCCGAUCAAGUCGCACGUGACCGGCGAGGCGCUCACCCCUCACGUGCAGACGAGCUACCAGAACUUCGCCGCCACGAGCGGCCCCAACGAAACCAGCUACCAGCCGGCGCCUGCCUACUACCAGGAGCAGACGCCUAACUACGCGCAGAGCUAUCAGAGCCACCCCGGCUACACGUACGACGGGUCGACCGGCAACUACGACUACAACUACGGCUCGCAGAGCUCGUAUCCCAGCUACGGGGGAGAGCAGCCGACUUUGGACCCUCAGGCGGCGGCGAACGGGCCAAAUUGGAACGCGCAGCCGGUGUACACUAACGCCGGCGGCUGCGAUUCGGCACAGUCGCCACCCGAGGCGCCCGCACUGCAGACGCAACCGAGCCAGCCCGUCGACAACACCUACUACGGCCAGCAGUACGGAUACCAGAACAGCCAAAUCGCUCCCGGCCAGCAGAACGCGCCCGUCCAACAGAACAUUCCAGAAACCCGAGAGACGAACCAGUCCGCGUACAUUCAGCCCGCCCAAGUGCCUGCAACCAACGUCACGUACACAAACGACCAAGUGUCGGCCGACGGACGCGCGGCGGUCGACGGCAACGUCGCGGCGGAAGUCGUCGGCGCGGCGGCGGAAGCGGAAACUAAGGUGGAGCCGGAGCCGGAACCGUCGACGCUGGACCUGCUUUGCGAUAUCGACUUCAGCGUCGACUACACGCCGCUGACGCCCGAGAUAAAGGUGCCGCAGGUGUCAGAGAAGGUCGUCAUCAAACCGAGAAUGCCCAGGCCCGAAGUGGUCAGCAAGCCCCCGCAGGAAGAGGUCAUCGAGAGGCCGGCGAAACGGGACAUCUUCUCCGAUCCCGGUCUUUUGAACAAGUUCACUCAGGAGGUGAAGAUGCUGCAGACGGUGACCGAUUCGCUUACGAACCCGACCGCCGGCGGUCUGACCCUAUUGGAUUCCAAAUGGAAGAUGCUUCAAGAUGUCCAACUGAAGGAGAACAUGAGUAGAAGUAAGACAGUCGCAAUGCAACAUUCCGAGGGCAAUAUAGCUUCAAUGGUCGCGCCUUUCGACGACUCUAGGGUCGUCCUCAAAUCUGACCCUGACGCCUACAUCAAUGCCUCGUUCUAUAAGCAACUAGCCCCCUGGUGCAUACCGCUGAUGCUUUCCAAGUGUCCGACGGAAAACGAAUACGGAACAUUCUGGAAGGCUAUCUCGGAGUAUAAGAUCAGUUGUGUCGUCUGUUUGCUGAGUGAAAUGGAGAUGCAAGGCAAGUCCUACUGGCCGACCGCGAAGGGACAAUCCCUGGAGCUUCCAGGCGUGAAAGUGAGCCUGGACGAUGUCAUCUGCACCGUACAUUGGACGGAGAGGAAGUUAACGGUCACCAGCGGAAAGACGGUCCUCAGCGUCACCCACUACCAGAUCAAUGUGUUUCCAUCAAAGAUCGCGUGCUCGCCGCUGGUGCUGCUCUGCGACCGUGUGCUCGGCUGCACGUUCAGCGGCCGACUGAGCAACCAGCUGGGGGGCGCGUGCGUGCAGUGCGCCGCCGGCGGGGGGAGGGGGGCGCUGCUCGCGCUUCUACUGGCCGCCAUGUGCGAGGCGCGCGCCGGUGACGUCACGCUGUGCGCUACGCUCGAAGCGGCGUGCAUAAAUCUAUACAAGCACAGAACCAACGUGCUAGAAGAUACAAAAUACCUCGCGGACGCCUACAGGAGCGUCCUAUUCUACGCGCAGGGCGUUCUUUGUUCCGGUACUACCAUGUUCAACGGGGAAGCGGUGACGGUGGCGAGCGGCGCGGGCGUUUUGCCGCGGGCGGUGACCCCCGCUACCGCGCCCGCCCCCGCCUCCGCGCCCGCUCCCGCCCCCGCCUCCGCCUCCGCGACCCGCGUGCAGAAGUUCACCCGCGAAUCGUUCGAGGAGAUGCGCCAGUCCCCGGGCCUGAAGAGCGGCGACAUGAAGGACCCCCUCAACUUCCUCGACCCCCUCUGGAGCCUCAAGAAGAAG